AUGGUGCUUCAAAUCGCCUUCUCACAAACUCCAGGACCACAGAAUCUUGUCUACUUUGAUGGCACAGCUACCGUCACAACCAAUGCAAUAUUUUCUCCCCAAGGACAAAUAACCAUGCAAUUCAGAACUUGCACAGGUGGCGAGCUUUUUUCGCAGACUAAUGGCGAUCAGAUGAUCGCGGUGAGCAUAAACGCAACAGGCUCCAUCAACAUCCGGUGGAAUAGUGGUUCGGGUGCGAUGGAGACGUCCAUGGGUCGGGGAUUCAAUGACAACCUGUGGACAAUCAUUGACUUUGUGUACGUUGGAGAGUCACUAGUCUUGAGGGUUCGGGACGAGGCCAUUGAGCUGGCAACAGUCAUCAAGAACCCUACACUUUUGGAUCUUGUAUUAUCUUCAACGAUGGUUGUUGGGGCAGGGUUUACAGGAUGCAUAGAGGAGAUUGUAGGAAUUGAUUUUGCCAAUGCAGUGAGCUGGCCCAAUGCAAGAUGGGGAGAGUGUCCUCUUGAUGAAGAUAUUGGAUGUGGAGCUCAAGAUCCAUGUACUAGUCAACCAUGUAUGAAUAAUGGAGUAUGCAGUAGUGAUGGGGAUGGAUUCACUUGCCAAUGUACAUCAAGAUUCAAUGGAACAACCUGUGAGAAUGAUCUAGGUGACCUUUGCAGCAACCCAUCAUUUACCCUGAACUGCGUCAACGGUGCCUGCACAGAGGAUGGGGUGUCCAACGCAACAUUCUGCAACUGUAGCCAGGGGUACGGAGGACCAUUGUGCAACACUUCAUCAACCCUUUGUGAUAACAACCCAUGUGGUAACUCAGGGCAUUGCCAGACCAAUACUGCCAUAGACGGAAUCAUCUGCCUCUGUUUUGCAGGUUAUACAGGGAGUCAAUGUGAUGUUGAUAUCAAUGACUGUGAAAUGAAUCCAUGCUUGAAUGGGGGUGCCUGCCAGGAUCUCAUCAACUCCUAUGGGUGUGAUUGUACUGAUACUGGUUACUCUGGAUCACGCUGCGAAACCAAUAAUAAUGAAUGCCAGGACAACAACCCUUGCCAGAAUGGAGCAGUCUGCUCUGACACCAAUGGUGGGUACUACUGUAGCUGCACGGAAGGAAACAUCGGCAGUAACUGUGAAGACAACAUAUGCUCCUUGAAUCCUUGUGAAAAUGGUGCGACUUGCUCUGUCAAUGGAGGCAAUAUCAACUGCACAUGUGCUGGAGGAUUCGAGGGGGAACGCUGUGAAGUUGACAUUGAUGAAUGCGCCUCAAAUCCAUGUCAAAAUGGAGGCGUGUGUGUGGAUGGGACUAACGAGUUUGAAUGUUUCUGCUCUGAGCAUUACACCGGGAACUUGUGUCAGAUUGAGUUGGACGCGUGUGGUCAGCCAGAUCUUUUCUCGUGUCUGAACGGCGCAACGUGUGUGGAUCAGCCCCAAGGUUAUAUUUGUACCUGUGUUCUAGGCUUCACUGAUGUCGACUGCGGGACAAACAUUGAUGAGUGCGAAAGUUCUCCAUGCACCAACAAUGCUACGUGUGUGGAUGAGGUAAAUCGAUACAGGUGCGAGUGUGCAGCGGGUUUUAAUGGAACCGAGUGCCAAUUCAACAUCGAUGAGUGCGCAUCUAACCCUUGCCAAAACAAUGGUGUCUGUAAUGAUGAAGUUAAUGGGUAUGUGUGUAACUGCAGUGACACAGGAUUUGAUGGACCCGCUUGCACCAACAACAUUGAUGACUGCAUCUCCAACCCCUGCCAAAAUGAAGGAACCUGCUUGGAUGGCAUCAAGUUCUACAACUGUUCGUGUUACCUUGGUUAUGAAGGCAUCAAUUGUGAGAUGGACAUCGAUGAAUGCAAUUCACAACCUUGCCAAAAUGGGGCCACCUGCCUUCAGUUGUCUAAUGAAACCCUCUAUCAGGAAGGAAACCCGUAUGGUGAUUAUGUCCCUGAUUCUUUUAGUUAUGCCAAUGCCAGUGGUUACGUCUGUGUUUGUCAAGAUGGUUAUGAGGGUGCGAACUGCGAGGUGAACAUUGAUGAAUGUGCAUCAAAUCCUUGCACCAAUGGUGCAACAUGUAAUGAUGACGUGAACAAGUUUGACUGUCAAUGCGUGACUGGUUACGAUGGAGACUUCUGUGAAAAUGAUAUUGAUGAAUGUUCAUCCAACCCCUGUGAAAAUGGAGCCACUUGUCAGGAUAACAUUGGUGCCUUUUCUUGUCGUUGUGUGGAGGGUUUUGGGGAUACAAGAUGCGAUGUAGUGUUGACUGCCUGUAUCGACAACACACUGUGCCUGAAUGGGGCAACAUGCAACCCUUAUUACACUCAAGGAGCUCAUGGUUUUGACUGCAUCUGCUCCGCAGGAUAUACAGGAGACUUCUGUGCCAUUGACACAUCAGUUAGCUUCUAUGGCACUGACCAAUAUCUUACAUAUACUUUUAUAUCAGACCUCCCUUUUCAGUUUUCCUUUUCAUUCGCUACUACGAUCCCUAGUGGGCAUUUGCUUCAAUCUUUUUCUAUUGGAGACUCAUUGAAUGUUGAAAUGGUUGAUGGUUCUCUCUCUGUGACUCUCAUUGAGGCUUCAUCAAUGGAAUCCGUGUCCAUCACAGGUCUUGGCACUGCUCUAAAUGAUGGAGAGUGGCAUGAUGUUGAAAUAAAUCUGAUCAAUCCAGGCUCCAUUGAGGUGAAUGUAACAUCUGACAGCUGUCCAGACAAUAUCUGUAGUGAGAUGGGAAGCUUUAACUCCACCCUAGCUCAGUUCCCUUCUGUUUACUUUGGUCAUGUGCCUGCCAAUUAUGCAGGGCCUGUUACCAAUGAUGCCUUCACUGGGUGUAUGAGGGAUGUAAAACAAACAUCGGACAAUGAUCUUGUACUUCCUGUUGGAGACCAGGUUAGUGGCUGUUCCAGGACACCGCAGUGUAACCCAGACCCUUGUAAUGGACAAGGAGAAUGCACAGAUCUCUGGUGGACAUACACGUGCCAAUGUCAGCUAGGAUACACUGGUCCCAGUUGUGAAACAAGCUUUGUGCAGGGAACUUUCAGCUUUGAGAAUACUACCAGCUUUGCAAUGUUCGACACCUCAGGAUAUGCCCUCUCCAAAUCAGAGAACACAAUCAGAUUCAUAUUCCGCACUAGGGAAGAGUAUGGGCUUCUCCUGUACACAGGUGCAGGAUCAGACUAUAUUGUGCUUACAAUAGACAACAGCUCUGUCAUCGCUGAUGUGUCCUUUGCAGGCAGCACUGAUAAUCUAAUGAUAUCUGGUAGUUCUGUUUCUGAUGGGAGGUACCAUUCUUUAGAGUUCAGCAGGCUGUCAACAACCUUGUCUUUCACUCUGGAUUCAUCCUUGCCUCAGACAGCAGACCUUGCAAGCAGUAGUGAGCCCUCUUUUGACCAAAUAUAUGUAGGCGGUGUAGAUGAUUUCAGCAAUGGCAACUUUCCUGCUCCAGUUUCUGCCUCCAUGUACUUCAAGGGAUGUCUCUGGGAUAUCAAGUACAACAACUACUCCUUAGAGUUCUUCCCUCUGGACAUUGCAGACUUUCAGAUCGACUCAAUCCCAGUUUCUACUAACUCCAACGUGAUCAGCAUGUGUAACAGUGACAACACGUGUGAUCCCGAACCCUGUGAAAAUGAAGGGGUCUGUGAAAUCACCUGGAAUGAUUUUCAGUGUGAUUGCCCAAAUGGGUUUGGAGGGAAGAACUGUUCUGAGGAAACCAUCUGCUCUAGGAAUCCUUGUCCAGGGGGUGCAGCAUGCCUUGACAGAGAUGAUGGAUAUGAAUGUCUUACACCAGCAACAUUCAGUGGUUCUGGCAGCCUGAUAAUGUACACCAAUAGCCUCAACAUUAGUAGAGAAAUCAACACCAUAACCUUCAGACUGAGAACACGUAGAGAUGUGGGCCUGAUAAUGCAUUCCUCUAAUGCUCUCCUGGACUAUUUCUUCACCAUAGACAUCCAGGGAUCCAAACUCUCAGUUAGGUUUUUCUUUGGUUCUCAAACUCGCAGUCUGGGAACAGUCUAUGAAAUCAUUCCUGAUUAUUUGGUUUCAGACGGUGUUUGGCAUGAUGUGGUGAUCACCUUUGCAUCUCCGGAAGUGAUAGUUGCCAUUGAUAAUGUUAAUGUAACUGAAGUAAUUACCUUCCGUGGCGGAGUGAAUGAUGUAUUAGGCGAGGGUAGCAGUGGGAUUGUGUACCUUGGUGGCACAGACUUCUCCAACGAUGACUACUUUGAGGUCUACAGUUCCUUUGAAGGGAAUCUAGAUGAUGUCCGCAUUGGAACGUACCUGUUGCCAUUCUUCAACCAGACUGUCUACAAUGCCACCAAUGAGGAACAGUUCUAUGCUAUUUCUAUCGCUGACGUUACUUCUGGUGAUGCUGGUCCCGAUGUUUGUUCAUCCUCUCCUUGUCUGAAUGGUGGUAAUUGCACCGAUCAGUGGAAUGCUUUUGCUUGCAUCUGUAUUCCAGGAUAUACUGGGGACUAUUGUGAGACAGACAUCAAUGAGUGUGACCCUGAUCCGUGUCAGUUUGAUUCAACUUGUUUUGAUUUAGUGAAUGGAUACAACUGUUCCUGUCGACCAGGUUAUGAAGGGACCAACUGCAGCAUAGAGAUUGAUGAGUGUGCAUCAGAUCCUUGCCAGAAUGAUGGGACAUGUACAGAUGGCAUCGCAAUGUUCACUUGCGCAUGUCCUACAGAGUUCACAGGGAGGAUGUGUGAGUUUAAUGUAUCUGCCACAUGUGACAAUGACCCUUGUCUAAAUGGAGGGACAUGUACCAGUACAUCCAGUAGUUUCACCUGUGCUUGUGUGGCAGGGUAUGAGGGUGAACGUUGUGCUUAUGAGACAGAUUACUGUGCUUCUAUCACAUGCCAGAAUGGAGCAACUUGCGUUUCAGACAGGGCCUUAUUGACAUAUGAUUGUCAAUGUGUGACUGGAUUCAGUGGCGACCUAUGUGAAACAAACAUCAAUGAUUGCCAAUCCAAUUCUUGUGACAAUGGAGUAUGUGUGGAUGGACUGAACGAUUUCUCAUGUGAUUGCACGUCAGGCUAUACUGGUCAACUUUGUGAGAUUGAGGUAGAUGAAUGCUCAUCAAAUCCAUGCUAUGCUGGAACAUGUAAUAAUCUGGUUGACGGCUACACAUGCUCUUGUCCCGACAGUUAUGAGGGCUUGCACUGCGAUGAAGACGUCGAUGAGUGCUGGGUAUUUUCGCCUUGCAACUCCGGCACUUGUUCCAACACGGAGGGCAACUACACGUGCAAUUGUUGGACAGGUUUCUUUGGUCGUAACUGUGACAUUAGCCCAUGUUCCCCCAAUCCUUGCCAAUACGACGGUCAAUGUACCGCCCUCUCUCCCGGUAGUUUCCUGUGCAAUUGCUCUUUGGGAUAUGUAGGGGAUGUGUGCCAAGUAGCCGAUUGUUCGGCUGUCGUCUGUCAGAACGACGGGCUGUGCCACGUGGAUGACGGAACAGGCUCCUGGCAGUGCAACUGCACAGAGUUUUAUGAAGGUACAAACUGCCAAUAUGCCGGCCCCUGCCUUAAUCUACCUUGUCAAAAUGGAGGUACUUGCUCGCAGACCUUAGAUCAAACCGACAACUCAUUCACAUACCAGUGUACCUGCCCGACUGGUUUCAACGACACAGACUGCCAGUACGAGAUUCAAUGGUGCGACAGUAAUCCAUGCCAGCAAGAGGGUAGUAACUGCACGGACGACAGGUUUGGUUUCAUCUGCUCCUGUGCACCGGGAUAUGGUGGUACAGUUUGUGAAACCAAACUGCCCGACUGCUCAGACAACCUUUGCCUAAACGGAGCCAACUGUACUGACCUAACCUACGGCUAUCGGUGUACCUGCGUAGCAGGAUAUACAGGAGAGAACUGCGAGACGGACAUAGAUGAAUGCGUUGGUAAUCUGUGCGCGAAUGGUGCAACGUGUCUUGAUCGGGUCAAUGGUUACGAGUGUGACUGUCAAGAAUUAGGUUUCCAAGGGACUUACUGUCAGGAAGACAUUUUGGAGUGCAGUGCUUCUACCAAUCCCUGCAGCAAUGGAGGGACUUGUAUGGAGGAAUAUGGAAGUUACAAGUGCGAGUGUGUAGCCGGAUACCUUGGACCACAGUGCCUUACCAUGGACCCCUGUUUCACAGAAGAUAUCUGCCAGAAUGGAGGAACAUGUUCUCUCUUAGAUGAAACCAUACCGACCUACGAAUGUAACUGUGUCGAUGGCUAUACGGGGGAUAACUGCGAAAAUGCUCCCACUGACAUUAAGUGGAUCAUCAUCGGAGCCUCAAUCGCUGCGGCUGUUGUGAUCAUCAUACUCAUCGUAUUACUCUCCUGCUUUGUAUGUUCGGUGAGAAAAAAGAGGGCGACGCAAGGAUCGUACAGCCCCAGCCGUCAAGAGAUGACUGGCUCCUUCGUUGAAAUGGACAACGUGCUUAAAAUGCCUCCGGAGGAGCGAUUAAUAUGAGAGAAUGUUGGACCCCUAGAAUGAAUAUACUUAUAGAAUAGUGCCUUCUGUCUUUGCAUAGAUGAUAUAUAGCUGAACGCCUGCAGAGAGUUGAUGAUUGGAGAUUACUCCCAUGCAUUCCAAUAAAGAAUUAGUGUGUGCAAACAAGAUACAUGUACGUUGCUGUAAGUGCCAUUACAGCCAUCGUUGCCUAGAUUGUAGCAAACUUAAAAAGAUGCAUAAGAUGUCAGUUGCUGCCGUACCUCUCCAAAGCUUUUCUACAAUGUACUACUGUUUACAAGUAGUUCUGACACCUUGAAAAAGAAAAUAUGUGUCUUGUAAUAUGAUGUGGCUGGAUUCCAAAAUCGUGCAUUCCUCGCUUGUAGAUUAUGUAUUUUAACAAAUUUAUUGUGAGUUAAGCAGUUUAUUGAUUAACCUGUGCACUCCUUCAGGCUUCACAGUGGUUUUAGCAAUUCAGUUGACGAUUGGUUUUGAAAGGAGAUCACAAAAGCAGAAGAGGCCUGCGUCAUCUUGUAUUCAGCUAUGUAUAUGAGGCCUGCACAGCUAAAUUAACCAUACAAGAAUCACAGAGAAGUCAUGCAGAGCUUUAAAUGCUUUUUGAAAUGCUCUUAGAAUUAUUUAAUCAUCUCAAGUACAUUGAUUUGUAAUAAAGAUAGUUUGUGUGAUUUAUGGAGAGCAUGAUGGACUGUUUGCUACCAAAGAUUUUUUGAGAAGACCUGAAGUUUGACUUUAUAAUGCUAGAACCUAUAUUCUGCUGUGCAAGUGACCAUCUUCAAUAUAUGCUUGAAGCAAAGUUGAAUUACAUGUUUUCCUGCUGUAUUUGUCAGUAAGUCGACAUGUGCUCAGGCAGGUGAAGAAACCAGGAGACCUACAGCUUUGAUUCCCAUUAAUAGGAAUGUAUAAAUGCUUAUUUUGAAGAGCAGCUAUGUACUUUCAUAUAUUCUAAAGUUGUGCUAAAGUUUGACAAGAAAUUUGUUCUUCAGUCGGUUGGCAUAACAAAUUUAAAUUUCAGAUUAUCAAAA